CGCCAAGUGCCGCUGUCCGCACGAUACCCGCGCGAAGCCCCGGUUAGUCCAAGUUUGAAAGUUGGAGCGUUUAGUGGUGCUGCUCGCUCGUGAACUUCGUGCGUGCGUGCAUUGUUUUUCGUGACGCUCGGUCGAAUUGGUGUUUUUGUUUCGUUGUUUCGUGUGUUUUGUUCAGUUUUCGAGCCGAAACGUCGGUGGUGCGUUACCCAAUCGCAGCAAGCGAUCUCUGUUGUGUGUGUGCUUCAGAGGAAGGAAGUCCACAAGACGUCGCACGUUCCGGCAAAUCUCAGAGAGAGCUAAGGGAAGAGGUUGUAAUUAAUUUCCCUUCCCUACUGAGGCAGUUCAUUAAACUUUUUGUUCGGUUGUUCCCGGCACGCGGAGUCUGGCGUGCAUCUGGUUCUAUUGUUUCCCCAAGCGAAUUCCCCGUUUCGUUUCAUCCGUCGGAGAAGCAGAAGCACAUUAGCAGCAGUGAGAGUUACGGGAAGUUUGGGAACGCCGACGUGAAUUGCCGGAUUUUUGGGGAAGAAAACUAGAGAAAAUCAAGCAGCGGCAGCCAAAUUGGACGCUGGAACCGGUUCAAAUCCACUUGUUGAACGACGCGCGUAGAGAGCUGAUAACCCGGCGAUCGUAGAAGGCGGCGAUAGAAGAAAGCAAACUAGAGCGUGGAGAGAGGCGAGAUCUCUGUGGCGUUCUGGAAGAGCACAACACGUGGUGGACCCCUCGUUGGAGGAGAGAAGUCGCGCGCGCAACAAGUGGUUGCUUGGAUGCUGCUGGUGGGAUUUACACGCAUAAAUUCGAAAUAAAUCAGCGUGGACACAACUUUUUAAACUGGGUUGGGGGUGAAAAGCGAAAAGUUUUCGAGUGUUUUAUAGAUUUAUAUUAAACGAACCCGAUGCCUUACACCGUGCAAGCACGGCACGCUUGAGAAAGCAGACCCCCCUCGAAACGACGAAGAAGUUGAUUUAAAAUCGAAAAUAAAGAGCUAUAGUUUGAAAAUAAAACGGAAAGGAAGCAAAAUAAUUAGAGCUAAUUAGUAGUGGUUUAGUUUCUGGCGCACUUGGCACACACCGGCUGAAAGCAAGUUAAGUUUGGGCGGCGAAACUUGAGAAGAGCGAAAGAAGUUGAAGUUUGAGGUAAAAAGAGAGUGAUACCGACGACGAAUGGUUCCGAGUGAAGAUAAUAAAUAGUACGCGCGUGGUGAAAGAAAAAGUGCCCCAAAUAAAGAAAAAAAAAGUUGGGGUUGGAAGAAAAAUUGUUGCAGCAAAAACAGCGCACGCAAAUCGCAAAUUUUUGUGACUGGUGACUGGAGCUUCCCCGAUCCGUUCCGGACGGUGGCCGCCCGCCCCAAAGCCUGCAAGCUGGAUUACUUAAACAUGGAUUUCGACGACGGGGACCUGAAGGAGCUCUGGGACACGGAUCUCGAUGCGACGAUGCAAGACACACUCAAAAUGUCCAGCUACGCGGACAUGCAGGACUGGAUGGACCGAGACUCGAAGCUCCCGCCGGUGAUCCUGAACGACAAGCUGAUGACGGACGCGAUCAUCGGCGGAACGGGGAUGCCGAUCAAGACUGAGCACUCGUACAGCCUCAACUCGGACGGGGACUCGAUCAGCGACACCCUGCCUGACUCGCCGCACAGCCUGCAGAACAAAAUGGACGACAUGGAGGAAGAGUGCUAUCCCGCCAUCAGCAUGAACGGCCAGAACAAGCAGCACAUCAUUCACAGGCACUCGGGAGGAGGUGGCGGGGUUGCCCACAUCCCGGCCAUCCUGUCCGCGGCUAGCGGCACAGUGCUCUCCGCACUGAACGGUCCAAAUGCCCUCAAAAACUCCGUCGGCGUUGCCGGAGGCUUCAACCUGCUCAGCACACUCCAGCAGCAGCAGCAACUGCAACAACAGCAAGCUCAGCAGUCCCACCAACUGGUGCUCGGGCAUCCCAUCAGCUUAAACAACAACCACCUCACCAUCAACAAUAACCACCUCAAGGAGAGCAACUCCGGCAGCAGCCUCCUGCUCAGCUCCGGCUACAGCAGUAAACGUAGCGAUUCCUCCUCGUCCAGCUCGGGCAGCGUAGCGUCCGACAUCGAAAUCGACGAAAUGACCGUCAAGGAGGAACCCAUGUCGCCUAGCUCGAGCUGUCCUCCCUCGCCAACCGGAGCCGGCGCAAGCGGAACUGUCCUCGGCGGAUACUCCAUCUCAACGGUGAACCUGGCCAACAUGGCCGCCUACACACAGUCCGACCUUGUGUUGGAACACAAGAACGGCACCCUCCAGCUCACACCCGCCUCGCAGAGUCUGCUCAAGAGCCAGCAGCUGGUCCUCAAAAACGGCAACACGAUCUGCACAACCUCCGGCGGCACCACCAUCGCCUCCCAGCAGCAACCCGCCAAGAUCGUCAUGUCCAAGCUGAACAUCAAGAUGGAACCGCAGUCGACGUCCUCCUCCUCCUUCGGACUCCCGCCGACGCCUCCGUCGUCGCUGCCCAGCGACGAAUCCGAGGGCAACCAGAGUCCGGAACACCACGCGUCCCCGAUGUCCCCGCCCGCCGUCAUUUCGGCCGUCUCACCGGGUUGUUCCAGCAGUAGCAGUAGCAGCAGCAGCGGUAGUAGUUGUGGUGGAAGUACACCUUCGAGCAGGAGGACAUCGGUUCAUGGGGCGUCGUCGUCGUCGGUGACGACUUCCGGAUCGUUGACUUCGUCGCCGAAUGCUGCCGCGAGGAACGCGGUCGUGGCUGCACAAAAUGCGACCACGAGGCAACCGAUUCACACCCCGCUCAUCAGUAGUCAACCGAAGGGAUCCACGGGCAACCUGAUCCUGACGGAGGAGGAAAAACGCACCCUGCUAGCGGAAGGUUACCCCAUCCCGACGCGGCUUCCGCUGACCAAAGCCGAGGAAAAAUCCCUCAAGAAGAUCCGGAGGAAGAUCAAAAACAAGAUCUCCGCCCAGGAAAGCCGCCGCAAGAAGAAGGAGUACAUGGACCAGCUGGAGCGCCGGGUCGAGAUCCUGGUGUCGGAGAACCUCGACUACCGGAAGCGCGUCGAGUCGCUCGAGGACGCCAACGCGAGUCUCACGAGCGAGCUAGCCAAGCUGCGGGCGCUCAUCAGCCGGCAGCAGGCCGCCCGGAAGAUGUAAGGGAUCUUUUUUUCUCCUCGCUUUUUUUAUAAUUUCUUACAAAGUCGUUUCGUACUUUCGCCACGCCGUUAGGGUGGUUAAUUUUAUUUAUUUAUAUUUUUCGUCUCCUAAAGAGCUUAACGUUGUUUAGUUUUACCUUUUAAAACUGUGUUUGCCCUAAUAGUGUUUGACAAUUUGUGACGAAAACGCAUCUCUGGAUUUCCUAAACUGAAACAACAAUGUACAAAGUAGAUAAUUUUAACAAAGAUACAAUCAAAGCACACGCUGAAAGGUGUUGAAUUUUGUUCCACGACGAAGUCGAGUUGAUUUGCGCAGCAAAUUUCCCCGCUAAACUUGUUGAUUUUUUAGUUGAAAUUUUCGUGCAAUAUUUGUUCUUUCUGUUUUGUUUGAAUGUGUUUUUCCCCAAGCGUAUUGAAAAAAUGAUAUUUAUUACAAACUUUGCGCAAAUCGCUCGGCCGAGUUCCCCGUUCUACUGCAGGUGACGCAGCAUUGCAACAAAAACGACAAAAGAUAUUAAAUAAAAAUGUUAUAACGAUAAAGCAAAAAGUGCAUUCCAUUAGCCCGUUAGUUAGCCGAUGAAAGGUUACGUUUGUUGCGUCCUUUUCAAAGAUAUGCAAGCUAAGUUCUAGGUUGUAAGCGAAUUUGUUUCACAAGAAAAAAAAUUACCUUAUAUUUUGUAAAUAUUCCAAACAAACACAAAGUUUAAACCCGCAACGCAAAGUUACAAAACUCGACCGAAGAUUCCGCCAACCAACGCGAUCAAGUGUGCCUUGAACGAGCGAUUUGAAUUCUAGCGGAAAGCGCGCGAGCGCGCGUUUGCGUUCGCAACGCCUGCUUAGCACGGGCGCGAACCAUUCAUUCACGAAAACGCUUCACCACCACGUGGAGCGCGCGCAGCGCCUGCUGCGAUAGCUUUUCACCGCUCUCAAGAGCGCACACACUGAAAAAAGUUGUUUGCGUAAAUUGAUUUAAGGAGCCACAAUUUCAUCGCUAGUUUAAGAUUUUUUUUUGUUUUCAAACAAAAAUGGCUCUUUUCCAAGCUUCCCUGCACCGUGCGGUACACG